GUGAAUAAAUGUGAAAUUUGCUUAAGCUUGGCAAGUGUCGUGAACACUUUUGCUCACCUUUGGUUUGUUCUGCUCUUUUUACUGUAGAAACAGGCAUCCUCACCUAACUGAGGUCUUUGACCAGGCCUUACAACAGUAGCAAGCGCCAGAAUAUCAUCAGACUGGUUUACAUUCUAUUACCAGCAACUGUAAAAGGAGAAGUGGCUCUUCAUUCUUCACCAGAUACUGCGUGGAUCCAGGGGACUCCACAAUUGCAUCUGUUCCUAACUGCAUUAGUUGGUAGGCAGCUCUUGGCAGAAAACUCAAAGACAGUGCAAAGUGUAAGAAAACAAUAUGAGACUUGGAGAUAGCUGGUAUAAUUUUCCUUCCUACUCAUUCAGUACAUAAGUCUGAAAGAUAGGACAAACUUGUAACAGGUAUAUUCUUACUAUAGAAUGCUAUCUCGUAUUGCUAAAGCAGUGCUAGCUGUAGCAGAAUUGAAACCUGAUGAAGUCAUGCCUGGCUCUGAAAGUGAGAAAGUUCAUGCAUGUUCAACCACCAAUUGCACCAGAUUCCAAGAGCUGAUCUUACUUCCCAAGUUAUUAGUAAUCAAGUGGGUGGCAACCCUGCCUGCGCCAACAAGAUUGGAACUAAAUGAUCUUUGAGGAUCUCUUCCAACACAAGCUAUGCUAUAAUUCUAUAAUUCUGGUUUGUGACCUAGGGCUCCUCAGCAUGUAGAAUUCUGUGAUGUAUGGGAGGGUUGUGACGUCAGUUGUUCACUAACAGAUUUGCCAGCUUGAGAUGCUGAACUAGGGACACCUCGUUAUGUACUGUUUGCUAUACUUGUCAUACAACUGCAUCUCAUAUGAACUCAUGUGGGAGUCUAAAAUUUAAGGAGCAAAACAAGGCUUGGACCACUGUAAGGAGAGCUCUCUCUCCUACCUUUUUGUCCUCCCUUAUCAAAGGAUGUCUGAAUCGACGGACUGUGAUAACGAGAGUUGCUCUGCUCUUGAAGUGCUGGAUUUCAAGAAUGCUUUAAAGCAGUUCCAGAAACUAGUUGAAAAAAUAGUAACCCAGAAGAAAAAGGAAAGAUUAGGCUGGUAUAUUAAAGAUGAUGAUGAGAUAGAUUAUGAUGAGUUCUAUAGAACCACACAGACACUUUUUGGUCCAGAAGUCAAGGAGCAUAAUGUUAAGGCCUUUUUCAGGAAGAUAAGCAACAAUCCUGAUGCAAGGACAGAAUGGUGUGAGAUUUUUGGCUAUUUCAUAAGAGAAAAUGGUGCCACCCCUUCCCAUUUGCGAGAAGAAAACACAGUUUUCCUUACAUCUGAAAAACAGCAGAUUACUUAUCCAGUUGUCAAGGAACGAGAUAUGAUUACAAGCAUAGUGAAGGUGCCCCAUUUGGAUUUCACUGUAACGUCCUCUCAGAAAGGAGUGCUAACUAUUUUCAACAACAAGAUGAAAGUUCUGGCAACCACCAGUGUUAAAGAUACUGCUUGGAUCAAUGGAUGUGAUUUCCUGACUCAGCUGAAAUGUGUUGUGGCUGUAACUGAAAGGACAAUCAUUGUCUGGGACUAUACCUCAAUAGGGAAAAAGGGUAAUUACUUUAUUGUCAAACCAAUGGAAAACAGUCUGCUCUGUGUUUGCACGGCAUCUGUGUCUGAUCAACUGGGUGAGGAUAACAUCCUAAUGGGAGAUGACAAAGGCUACGUUAACCUACUUAAAGUGACCAGUGAUCACUUUGGAUUGAAGCAACGUGAAGGUAAAAAAGAAUCUCAACUUCGGAUCUUGGAUUCCAAAGAUUUUAACAUUGUUAAACGCAAGCUACACGAUGACUGGGUUUUGAAAGUUAAAUAUAUUUCUGACCUAAAUUGUUUUGGAUCCUGCUCCUCGGACAGCAUUCAUUCAUUUGUUUUAGAUGACAUAAAGCGACUAGAGGACAACUUACCUGUAAAGGAAUUUUCUGUUCCUAGAGGAGUCAAUGCCUUCACGUACUGUGGAAAAGCAAAGGUUAUUGUCACUGGGGGUCAUGACAAACUCCUUCGUUUGUGGCAUCCCUAUAUUAAUACGAGGCCUACAGGAAAGCUGUCUGGGCAUCAGCACAGUAUUGUGGAAAUUGUGACGAAUGAAAAAGAUCAGCAUGUCAUCAGCCUUUCAUUUGCAAAGAUUUUUAUAGUGUGGGAUCUACAGACCCUUUCAAUGCUGCAGGUCUUCCAGGAUCAAGAGAGUCCAAGAGGGAUUGACACCCUUGCCAUGGUUUUUGACAAUGCUUGUGGCACACUUAUUACAGGGUCAACUGUCAUUGAUAUUUAUCCUCUAAUGCACAUGAUACAAGAUACAAAACAGGUCCCAAAAACACAUGAGAAAAGCAUAAAUGUUCUGGCUUAUAACAGGGCUUUUCACCAAAUCCUCACUGUCUGCUCUGAGUCAAUACUGAAGGUGUGGGACCUAGAAACAGGAUAUCAAAUAUACCAGAUUGAAGAUGCACAUGGGCUGAAUGUUGAAGUGACCUGUGCAGCAAUUGAAAUAAAUGGUUUUUAUCUUGCUACUGGGGCUUGUGAUGGAACAGUGAAAAUUUGGGAUUUUGGCAGUGGACAGGAAGUUAAAGUCUUGCCUUUGACCCAGCACAGCAAAGAUGAGCAUUGCUUGCUGAAGCUAGUCUAUCUGAAGGCUACUGAGAGUCAACAUGUUCUUCUUGUUUUGGAACAGAGUGGGAAAAUGAAAAUCAUUCAGGGUAAUGAAAUUCAAAGAUAUCUAAAGGUUACGUGGGUGCUUCCCGAGGCAGUGUUGUUUCUACAAAGAAAUCCAGUUGAAUUUCUGUCACUGAAUCCAGACACUUUACAAAAACAUGAAUUUUUUCCAGAUAUCCAGCUACCACCUGAUACCAGUUCUCUAAGCAGUGAUGCAGAGGGAUUUGUACCUUCUGUGGAAAUGAAGUGCUUUGAUGUUUUAAAAGUAGAAGGACAUAGCUUGAUAACUACUGGAAGUGAAAAUGGUGCGAUAAUUUUGUGGGAUUUUGAAUCUGCCACUGUCAGAUACAUGUGUAAAAUUAAUGAGAACAGCCAGGCUUCAGUUCCUCAAGCAUCAGGAGUCAAUGCUGUGUUAUUCCUCAUGCAUAGUGCUUCCUCUUCCAGGAAAAUUAGCUCUCUAUCCUCUACUGCUAUUGUGAGUAGUGAUAUUGAUAGUGAUACUGAUGAUCUCCCAGAGCACAAGAACAGCUAUUUGAAUCAAAAUAAGGAAAAUGCCAGAAGUUAUGAAAAUAGUACUCAGAUAACAGCAGCAGAAGAUACAUUUAGGCGUAGGUAUAUCCAGUACUCGAAGACGAAUGCACAAUUACCCAGGGAUGUAAGAAGAUACUCACCAAUACUGGCUUCUGCUCAUGAAAAUGGCUGCAUCUACCUAUGGAGUGUUCAGGGGAACUUACUGAAAGAAAUUUUGCCAUUUUCAAAAUAUCAUCCAGUUUCUCUAACAGCAAUAUGUACAGACAUCUCUACUAAAAUGCUUCUGGCAGGCAGUAAGGAAGGACAUAUUAUGUGCUGGAGCAUUGUCUCAUUCUUAGAAGAUCCACAAAACAGUAAAAAUCAAAUAAAGGAGGAGCUCUGUUGGACGGCACACUCUGCUGAAGUCAUUGACUUAUUUUACGAAGAGCAGAACAAUGUGGUAGUAACAGCAUCUGUUGAUGGUUCAGUCAGACUCUGGCAUGCCAUGAAUGGAUGCUAUCUUGGUUACUUUGGACAGCCCAGGAAAUUUGAAUUAUCAGAUCUCAGUCGAUUGAUUUUGCCUUGUGAUGUUAAAGAUGUUCCUAUGAUAAUUAAAGAGGAAAGCAAGCAUAUGGAAAAUAAGAGCAUGCCGGACAAAGACAAGUGGAAAUCACCAACUAGAUCACAUUCAGUUUUAAAAAAAGAUAAACAUGUGGACAUAAUUCAGGACUUUAAGUUUUUCAAAGCUCUGUCUUCUCCAAAGCUUCCUAGACAACCUUUGGAAAGCAUUGAGACAGGAAGCAAAGUGGCUGGUGCAGUAUUUGGGCAUCUUCCUAUACAUGAGCUUGAGAAGCCAGCUGAAGAGAGCAUCCUUCAGAAUCCUAAGUGGAACAAACCUGAGAUGUCCACUCUAACUGAAUUGACAGUGGAGACAGAGCUCAGUGGAGAACAGAAUCAAGACGAGUAAACAUUAUGUUCAUCUUAAGCGUACAAGAUGGGAGAGACCACAUCUGCUAUGGCUGACAUGAACAGACCAGAGAUAUCCCACACCAUAUAAUGUCCUGCUUAGCAAUAAAAGACUGGGAAAAGGAGGAGAAAGGUGAGGUGAUUAAGGCGUUCCUCGUCUUAAGUAACCACUAUAUGUGCUGUGGCCAUUCUUCUCAGGCAGUGGCUAAACAUCUGCCUUGAAGUAGUGAAUGAAUUCAUUCUUUUGUUUUUCGUGUCAGAAGAAAAGCAGAGACACUCAAUUUUAUUGAAUAGACAAUCUACUAAAGCACUGCAAACUAGAAGAAUAUACACUUAUUGUAUCCUAGAGAACAAAGGAUGCUACAAAGGAACAAAGGAAAGAAGUUAAGAACAGAAAAGCUUAUUAGACAAUUGAUAGUUCCAAAGAUAUCUUUCAAGCAGUCUUUUCAAUGCUGGAUCUAGCACAAAGCUGUUUGCUAAUAGGUUUGUUGAGUAUUAGCUGUGAAUUUUCUCUGUUGAUGUCUCUGCAUUCCUUUGGAAGCUAUUUUUCCUCUAGUAUCCACAGUUAUAUUUCAGGCUUAAGUGUUUUAGGUGUAUCAGCUGUUCUGUUGUUUCAGAUCAUUACUAUAUUAUGGAAAGGUGUCUUAACUAAAACAACCUUUUUCAGCAUGGCAGAAACUCAUGCUUGAACUGGCUGCAGUAGCUAGUUUGCCAGAAUUUCAUUACAGCCUUUGCUAGUGCUUUACAGAAUUUGGGAAGUUCUUCAGGUGUCCUCACCCACUGUGGUAGUUCAAUCUGAAUGGCAUCAACAACACCAGAAUGACGGGAGCCAAAAGUCUUUGUUAUGUAUCCACCACUAUAAUAGUUCCCAUUAUUUGGACUAGGAUUGGAUAGAGAAGGCACACAAACGUAACUGUUACUUUGUUCUUCAAUAUAUUUACCCAAACUUCUGUUCCCUGCAAGCAGAGUCUCAAAAGAUACACCAACUAGCUGACUGGCCAGAUAUCUAAUGGAGGAAUUUGAUGCAGAAAGGACACCCGAGUUAAGAGAAGUUUUUGAAAGCGUAUAACCUAAUUCUAUCCACUGUUCGGGAUGUGCUUGUCCAUGGAUAUCUAGAAUCAGGCCCCCUGUCAUCUGUGAUUUUGCAGUGGUCAAAAAUCCCAUGUAAUCCUCCCAGGCCUGUUCUGCUUGGGGAACUCCAAAGGAGGCCUCUUCCUUUUCCCUGUUGGCAUCCAUCUUGAACCUCUGUAAGUGGUUAAUAACAGUAUGUGGAAAGAAACCAUUAGUAAUUUUGUUGAUUUCCUCAGCAAGAGCUUGAGCCACUUCUAUUGUGUACCUGUCUUGUUUGGUAGAUACUUUACACUUUUCAUAAUUUUGAAUGCUUCCAGGAGGGCACUCAUGAGAGAAAAUACAAGAAGAUGUCUCUGCAUCCCAACAGCCAGCCUCUCGGUCAGGGAUGUCUUCAGGUUCCAUUGACCCACCAUGUGGGACAGAGAGGAUCAGGUUCAUGUUGCCCACUUGAUACUCAGUGAAAUGAUUAUGGCCAAAUAUAACUUCUCUGCUGCUGGUGGGUUUCAGAAGCAAAUAUAGAAUGGAAAGGAGGAACAGAUACAUAGUUUUCAUUUCCUACUGGAAGACUCAGCAAAAAAGAAUAUGGCAAUACCUGCAUAAAAGCAAAAGAGAGAUUUUAGAUUAUUUACGAAUGGAAAUAUGUGAGUAGAGCAGCUGCUACUAGAAAAAUUAGUUACCAAUUAACCUAUUCUACUUCAACUCCAAGCAGUACAAAGAAUAAAAGUACUUUCAAGAGACACAAAAAAUGAACAGGGUACUUUGCAUGGCUAGAUGUAAUUGAUGCAGUGUUUCCAAAAGAGUGGAUUCUGCCAGAAUAACAGGGCAUGGGAAAUGGUAGGUUAUUGGGUCUCCUUUAUUCCCCAAGAAAGAACAAAGAUUACUUGAUCAUAUUAUCUGACUCUAGAGAAUCACCAAAUCUGAGCAAAGUAUUUAAAAUAAACAUCUUCCUAACUAACUAAGAACUAAGUUCUUUUUUUUCAACCCUGAAACAUCAAGAAAAUUCUAUGAAAAUUUGAAGGAAUGUCUGUAUCAUAUUGACUUGAGUGAAGCAUCUUUCCAUUAUCCGCGUGCUUUCAAAACUAGAGGUUAUGUCAGCUCAGACCAUCUCUGUGUUUGUCUAAAAUAGGCUGGUAAAAAUUGAGUGCUACUAAGGUCUACCUCUUGUUGUUCUGCAGGCUGAGUUACUCCGAAAUCAUCACACAUAGAUACAAGUCCAUUAUGGAGCAACUCUCUUUAGUUUUCACGUUUCCUUUCUCUUCAAGAGAGUUAAGAUACUUUUAAGCUGUCAGUAAAUAUGACAUUUUUUGGAAAGCAGUAAUUCAUCGAGAUACUAACAGUGCUUUCAGGUCUGAAGGCAUCAUAUUCCUAGAAAAACCAGAGUCUUGCACAUAAUCAUAUAAAAUGAAUAAAUAAAGCCAGUGAAAAGCAGAAGAAAAGGAUACUUUCAAUUCCAUGAAUUAAAAAAAGCUUCACGUAACAUAGGCCAGUUGAGGAGUUUGUAAAUGAGUACAUUAAUGUGCUGUGUUGUUGUCUGUCCUACCUUUAUAAUCACAUCACUCACAAAAAUACAGAGGAUAGGAGGUAUAGCCAGAGAAGAGAGUGAAAAAGCUGAAGAACUACAAGGAUCUGCCUACCAGACUUGGCCUGAAAGUAUUGGCAGCUAUACUUACCUACAUGGAGCUUCCUACCACUACUGUGCCACACGUUUGUCCUCAAAUCUGAAGGAGCAACAGCAAAGAUAUUCUACAACCUACACUUGACAUGGUGCCAUAAAGUUUGUUCGUUUUAAAGAAUCUUCAGGCAUUACACUAGAGUUUCCAGCUUAAAAUAAGCUUUUAUCUACAUCGGCACAUUAUUAAUUCUUCCCUAGGUUUCCCCAAGACAUAGGCCUUUAUCUACUAGUUCACUGCAUUACCAGAAAUGUGUAGAAAAAAAUUUUAAGUAUUAUUCAGAAUCCCUUUUUACCAGAGAAACAGCCCACCUGCAAAAAGCAGCACAAGCCAUCCACAUAAUUCUAAGCAUAGCUUACCUGAGGUACAGUGGGGCUCAACACCAAGUUAAGGAAAUCGACACUUCAUGGGUGCUGAUCAGCUGCCCUAGGAAUCAGGCUUCCUUUGCCUCUGAUGUUCAACUUAAAUGUGGUGACACAGCUGUUCCUUUCCCAUCACCUGCCAAACCAGUUUGUUUACAUCUCUGCAAUUUCCUGUUAAUGAUUAAAUCACGCUGUUAACACUAUUAGAUCCUGCUUUUAAAAUAUCUGGAUACAUAACUCUGUAUGAUUCCGUAACUGGAAGAAAAUCAUGCAGGCUCAGACAGGGCAGAGGAAACUGGUGACCUCGGACUGGUCUAUGGUUUUCUAGAUAACACAUAGGUACUGCAGAAGAAAAAUGUUAGUCACAGUAAUACAGACUAGAAGGGUAUUUGGGGCUUUAUAGCAAAACACACAGCUUCCCAAGGGUUUUGAACAUUUGUUCUUCUCCUCCAACAGCGGAACAUCUGCAAAUAGGGAGGAAUGCGCUGGAAAAUUUACCUGUUUGUUUGUCUUCUCCAUAUGAAGGAGGUCCAUGCAAAUAAGAAAUAAUUGAACUCCAUAUUGUAGAUAAACAUAUAUUAUUGCGUGGUUUAAAAAGUCUUCAGUAUUUUAAACUGGUAGCAAUUGCUGCAAGAGUAUUUUGAAGAUUUAUCUACAAAGAAAGGAAGAGCAAGCUAUUCCCAGUUCGGUGCCUUCAAAAGUGAAACUGAACUGACCACUGUGCUGGGUUUCACUCUGGACUCCGAACCAGCAGGUCUCUAGAGGGCAGGCCGAGUCCUGCAACUGCUGGCACAGAGACUUCUUCACCUGCACCUCGAUGUAUCAUUUCACAAUGCAGAGAUCACAAAAGGAAAAAUUAUAUAUAUGCUGAUAUACUACAGACUCAGCAAACUUUUGUUCUCUGAGCUGGCAUCCAUUUUUAGAGAUCAAAACCAACUUGUCACAAACACCAUAGCCACACCAGAACUCGGAAUAGCUGAUGUAAUUAGUAAAGAUGAAAGUAUAUGAUUAUUCUACAACCUCUUUUUGCCAUCACUUAAAUCUUUAUUUCCUCCUAAAAAAGAAAUCAUUAGGUAAAGUGUAACUAGCCACAGUGCUAUUAUUUUACUUGGAAUCUGUUUGUGCCAAUGAUUCCACUUUAAAAAAAAACAAACAAAAAAACAACCCUGCAUCUGGUUAUCUGAGAGGAGAACUCCUCACAGCCAAGAAUUACUGCCCGGGUAUUCAAAAUGAAGUUGCAGAACUCACAGCAGUGAGGCAGAUGACCAAAUCAAAACACUGGCAACAUAUUGGAAUGGCAGACAGCAGGUUCCCACUGGCAGUAGGAAUCACAUAAAUUAUAGGUCAGUGCUCAUUUCCAUAGGAUUACUCAUGAGCAGAUUGCUUCAGCGACUAGCUGGCAACAUGUGGGUUCAUGUUCUUUUGCUUUUGCGGGAAAAAUCGAGGACACAGAGAGAAGGUCAGAUGUUCUUGGCACUGACAAACAUCUAUUUCAAAUAUUACUAAGCUGAGGUUGUUUUUCUUUUGACAUCAGUGAGCUUCAUUCACAAGGUAUUACGUAGCAGAACUGUCUUUACUCCACAACCGCAUUCUUGUGAAGUUGAUGGGCACGGGUCUUACCUCAUCAGACUUCCAGCAAAUAAAGUAAGAUUUGCACAGGAAUGGAAUGUCAGAAUCACACUCACUCAUCUUUUCAAUGGAAAAUGAUUCCAUAAGUUGUGUGCACCCAGCAGUGAACAAAUCAUGACCCAGAUGCCAAACCUCUGAGAAUGAGGUAAGUGUAACUGAUGCAGGAAAUUGAUAUGGCUUCUCUUCUGUUCUCCUCUGUACCUGUUCAGAGGUCUGCGCAUGGCAUUAGAAAUUUAACAGUUGGUUGACUUUUGAAAUAUGGCCCAAGCUCUUGGCCUAGCCUCACCACAACAGGCAUCUGUUACUACAUUAAUUUAGGUAAUACAGGUUUUUAAAGACUUUACUAACAUUAUUGAUAUUAUCUGAUUGAAGAUACUUUUAAUAAACCAAAUGCUAGUGCAUAUCAUCCACAUAUUCCUAGAGACGCACUUUUGUGAGAUCCUUUUGUGAUUCAUUUCUAGAGGACAUAACACAAAGAGGUUGCUUUGGGUGAUCACACUGAUCCCUGAUGCCUUCCAAAUCUUUAGAUCUAUUUGCAACUUUUAGAGAUUUAAUGUAAUCAUGCUAACUCUUCAGCAUGAAGAUAUCUAUCUUUUCAGAUUAAGGAAGCAAAGAGGAAAUUCUUGGUCAAGAAUUCUGUGGUUCUGGUUUUCUUCAACAAAAGUUCCUCAAUUCGCGUUUCUGACUCUGAGGUUCACGCUAUGAUUGUUUAUAAUCCCAGCUACAGAAAAUAGUCAAAAGUAGAUUUAAUUGAAUUCCACAUGGCAUCUUAAAUUUCAUGCACAUAUUGUAUCGUCUACCCUGGUUAUCCUUCAUCUCUUGAGCAGAAUGGCUUAAGGAAAACAGAAAUGUUAAAAUUGAUGCAAGAACAUAUUUUUAAGAUAAGCGCUCAUAAUCCAAUUUUCAAUUACGCUGAAAGUAGAACUGCAACACUAACAUCUCAGGAUGGCUUAUAUUACAUCGCAACACAAACAUUGGGAAAUGUAAAGGUGUGCUCUGACUAGCUCAGGCUGGGCUCUUUCAGAAUGAGACCAGGAUCUCACUGGGACACAUCAGACACAUCACACAAGGAUGAGACCAUCUGAUAUUGUUCCUACCCAUGUGUGAAACACAAAAAUGAGAAUGCCCUUCAACACACUCUAAAGUGACUUUAUGCUCCUGCAUUUGUAGUAUUCAUUGCAUUUAUGCUAUCCCACAGGGCCAACACAGACAGAAACAAAGAAUGGACUUGCAGUUAGCUGAUUUUCAUGUUUUGCAGAAAUGGAAAACUUUAUACAUAGAGAUAAUUCAUUUCCUGAUUGUAAUUACAAAAGGACCAGAUAUCCAAACUCUAAAUUGUGAAGAGAAAUUCAACAUUUGAUUCCUCCUCCAUCACUGUAGAGCACUAUAGAGCCUCUUGCUGCCCCGGUUUGCAGGAUGUGCAGACCAUGCGCCAGCUAUCAAACUACAGCUGAUGUGUUUAAUGUGUCAAACAGGCAGAAUGAAAUAGUGCAGCUGAAUUAGCAGAUGGUUAUGUAGGAAGUCACUCCCAUGCAUGAGUGUCCAAAACCAUUAACUAGAUCUCUGAAAUAAAAAUGUUAGCUUUGUGCCUUUUUUCAUUUGUGCGGUUUGACUACCACAGCCAGAUUUUGGUAUGAGAUAUGGAUGCUCAGGGCUUUUUUUUUUUUUUUUUUAAUGAAGGCAUUUAUAGUGAUG